CUGGUUCAGGAGUUCUUAACUUCCCCAACUCACCCAAGUCGCCACCCUUCGAAGCCAAGCGACCCUCGCUGGAAUCCACCCACCCCGCGCAGCCUUAAAGGCUCCACCUUUGGGCGCUGUCGAGAGGAAAGCGACCAGGAUGGCGGACGUCGAGGCGGACAGGGGCGGUGCAGGAAAGCGGCGGGGCGGCGGAGCAUACGGCUACGGGCCGGCUGAGGCGGGGGAGAGGCCCUGGACACCGUGGCUGGUGCCACUGUUCGUGGUGGCCUGCGUGGCAGUGUUCGUGGUGGAGAUGUACGUCAACAACUGCCGCGCCCGCCCCCAGCCCUACGGCCCCUGCGUCGCCCGCUUCCUCCACCGCUUCUCCUUCCAGGCCAUCCGCCAGAACCCCCUCCUCGGACCCUCCUCCUCCACCUUGGAGAAAUUGGGGGCUCUUGAAUGGUACAAAGUAGUUCAUCGGAAUCAAGGUUGGAGGCUUGUUACCUGUAUUUGGUUACACGCAGGUCUUAUCCAUUUACUCGUGAAUAUGCUAAGCUUGCUCUUCAUUGGAGUUCGUCUUGAACAGCAAUUUGGUUUCGUGCGCAUUGGAAUAAUAUAUCUCCUAUCGGGCUUUGGUGGAGCGGUUCUCUCAGCUCUGCUCUUGAGGAAUAGCAUUUCUGUUGGUGCUUCUGGGGCCUUGUUUGGCCUUCUUGGAGCAAUGGUUUCAGAACUUAUUAUAAAUUGGACUAUCUAUUCCAAUAGGGUUGCAGCUUUAUUAACUCUUAUGGUUGUCAUUGUAAUCAACUUGGGUAUUGGCCUGUUUCCUCAUGUCGAUAACUUUGCCCAUAUUGGAGGAUUCUUAACAGGUUUCCUCCUGGGUUUUGUUCUAUUAAUCCGACCUCAGUUUGGUUGGAUGGAACGCCAUGAUCUGCCCCCUUCAGCUCAGGUUACCUCCAAGUACAAAGCGUACCAAUAUGUCUUAUGGGUGAUUGCAUUGCUUUUGCUGAUAGUUGGAUUUACAGUUGGCUUAGUUAUGCUUUUUAGGGGAGUGAAUGGCAACGAUCAUUGCCAUUGGUGCCACUACUUGAACUGUGUGCCUACAUCAAGGUGGAGCUGUGAGGAUUGAACAACAAUGAGAUUCUUGCAGGGAAAACCAAAUGAGUUCUGGGAGGAUAGUGAGACAGAGAGUAUCAGAUGUUUUGUUCUGUUGUUUAGAUACAGCUGUACCAGAGUUGUCGUGUUACCCACAUUUUGCAUAUUUUGCAUUAGUUGUAUUAAGUUGCUAUGUAGUGAUGUUUGUUAUAGAAUAUUACUUACCUUUAUCGAUGAGCUA